AUGAACGAAAUAACGCGAUUAAAAUCUCAAAUUUCGUCCCGUUUCUCGAUUGGUGGCUUCCAGAUACGAAGCGAGGCUAGCAGUUAUCUGGCGCAGCAAAUUCAAUCGCUCUCCGAAUCGGAACGUAAACAGUGGAUUACUAAUGUGGCCAAUCACGUGCAAAGCCAAAACUUGGCCCAACCGAUCGUCGAACGGACGCACAUCGAGCUGGCCAUCAAAGAGGCGAACAAUACCGGACUGGACGAUGCAGAAUCGGUGUUUAGAGUGAUCGGUGCGUUCGAAGUGCCUUCGUUCGUUUACAGCGAAGAAAAGAAAAAGUUUCUGCCAGACACGGAUAAGCGCCACAUGCUGGCCGCUCCGAUUGCAAAGUCCAACUACCUGCGCGAACGAUAUUUGCUGCUGUGGCAGAAAACUUGGCGCCAUGAAAUGUUUUCCCAACGUACGACACCCGGCACCACGGAUGUGGCGGGCAAAAAGGGCAAGCUGACACUGCGCAAAGUGGAAAAUCUCCUUUCGACGUCCAAACUGAACGAUGUCGUGCUGUUGGGUUUACUGACACAGCUUACCGAGGGUCGGUUUUACCUCGAAGACCCGACCGGAUCGGUACCGAUCGAUCUCAGCUCUACCGUUUAUUCGGCAGGAUUGUUCUGCGAGGGUUGCUUCGUGCUGGCCUACGGCAAGUUUCGCGACGGAACGCUGAACAUCGAAGAGAUGGGAUUUCCGCCGCCCGAGCUGGCCUCGAGUAGCCGGGCGUUUUUUGGUUCGCUCAACAGCUGGGGUGGUCCGUCGAAGGCGCUGCUAAAGUAUUCGCGCAACUUGGCCGAAGUGGAGAAAGCUAAUGUCGAUCACAGUUUAGUGUUUGUGUCCGACUGCUGGCUGGACAGUGCGGAGGUGCUGGAGAAACUCAAGCAACUGCUGAAGGGCUACGACGAUUUUCCGCCCGUCGCGAUCAUACUGAUGGGUCCGUUUGCCAAGUGUAAGGAAAACGUUUAUGCGCUCAAAGGACGAUUUCAAGCGCUGGGUGAAGUGUUGGCCAGUUGUGAGAAGUUAAAAGCGCAAACCGAUCUAGUGCUGGUGCCGUCGUGUGAUGAUCCUGCAGCAGCAAAUAUUCUGCCACGUCCACCGAUUCCGAACGCGCUGGCGGGUGAAUUGAGCAAAAGGUACCCGCGCACGAUUCUGACCACCAAUCCUUGCCGACUGCAGUACUGCACGCAACAGAUCGUUGUAUGCCGUGCGGACCUGGUGACAAAAUUGUGCCGAAACACAAUCAACUUUCCUAAACAGGGCCACCUAGAAGAGCAUUUCGCGCGAACAUUGAUCAAUCAGGGAACGCUGGCUCCGUUGCAUCCGAUAGCGUUUCCAACUCACUGGAGUUACGAUGCAUCUCUUUCGUUGUACCCAGUGCCGGACCUGAUCGUGAUCGGUGAUCCAUGCCAGGGUUUUCAAACCACCGAACAGGAAUGUACCGUGAUGAACGUUGGCUCUUUUCCAAAGUCGAAGUUCACCUUCAAAGUGUACUAUCCAUCCAAUCGAACCGUCGAGGAUUCACAAAUACCGGAUGACGAAUGA